AGAGAGCACAAAGUGCAAAAUUACUGCAAGUACUGGCACUGGCCAGCUGGGACAGGGAGUAUUUCUCAGCACCACGGAAAACUGCGCUUUUGGAACACUUGAAAAAUAGAUUUUAAGCAGAAAUUUCACAUCAUCUCUAAGCUUUAAACUGCAUUAGCCAUGUUUGCUACUACAUAUUCCCCCCAAAGAAGAGAUGUGUGAGCCACAGGAGAUGCGGGAUCUUUUUAAAGCUUGUUGGAAGUGUCUGCUCCGUUGGGAUCUGAGCUGGUAAAUUCCAGACGAGGCAGCUGGAAAAUGCAGCAGCAGAAUUUGCUGUUCCUGGUGCCCAGGUUUAACCUCCAUGGGAAGCAGCACCAGGUUUGAGGCUGGAUUCAGGAAAACGAGAGCCUUUGCUCACACAUGGUCUGAACGGGCUGAGCAUGACAAUGAUGGCAAAGAAAAUUGUUCAAUAUUUAAUUCAGAAUUCCUGGGUGGAAUCAUCCAUCAAAUCCAGGGUUUCUUCUCACUGCAAGGUGCUCUGGGCUCUCCCCACUGCUGGCCCAGGGUGUACCUCAGUGCUGUUUUAAAACCCAACCUAAAAAGUGAUUUCAUACCUAAACAGUCAUCUAAGAUAAUAAACGUGGUGCAGUAUUUUUCAUUUAAACUGGCUAUAUUUUUAAACCUCUUUUAUAUAAAAAUAUGUGCAUAAUGGGUGAUAUGAUGAGGUGUUUUUUUACUAAGUCAGAUUUUUCUAAGUCAGUUUACUACUCAAUACAAACUGGCCUUGCACUGAGUAGUAAAUAUUUGCAGUUACACAAGGCACUCAGGAGAUUUUUUUUCUGCAAACCUUUGUAUUUUAGUCAACUAAAACUGAAAUAAUGUGAAGUUAUUGUACCAGAAAUAGCCAGGAAACAAUGAUUCCUGCCAGAAGAAAGAUUUAAUAUUGCUUUUUAAAAGAAGUAUGUUCUAAAUUAUUACACUCAUGACUAAGCUCUAGACUCAACUCUUGAGGUGAUGUCAUUUGGAUGCUCUGUCCAAAUUUCCUUGCCAUUUCUCCAGACUCUCAUUUUGAGGGGUUGGAUGUGUAACUGAGCCCAUCCAGCACUCACAUAAACACAUCUCCAUGAGAGGAUUCCUGAGCCCCCAUUCCCAGUUCCCUGCUCCUGAUCUGUUCUGCCCCAUCCCUGGCAGGGAUUUGGGGCCACUGGCUCUGCUUUAUCCCCUUCUGCUGCUUUAACAGAUCCUGGCCCAAGGGGUGGGAAGAAGUGAAUCAGUGGAGCUGAAUGAAUUCCCUGGAAAACGUUCAGCUGCCCGUGAAGUCCGUCAGGUCAAUGAACAGGAACUGGAGGAUAAAAGUUUGGGAUUUGCACCCCAAAUCAAAGCAGCUUCCCCAAGUUUCAUGGGGCUGAGCAGAGAGCUGGCUUUGGGGAAGCUGUGAAGAUGGACAUGGAGCCAAUUUCUGAGUCAUCUCAAGCAAGGUUGGACACUGCAGUGCAGAAUGUCCUGGAGAGAGAACAUUCCCACACUGGCAGGGUGGAUGCAGUGAUCUAAUCAUGGACCUCGUUCAUAGCUGGGAUUAGUUUGUCCUGCACAGAAAAAUGGCAGUGGCUCCAUCUUCCCUCCUCCAACACCACAGAACCUCAGCCUGAAUUAUUACAAAUGUCAUCCCCUUCUGAAAAACCUGGAAUGUGCAGCAGGGAUCUCUAACAGCAGCUACUUGUCCCUGGAUCUGUGGUUAGGGAGGAGGCAGACACAACACUUGGUUGCAGGCACACCCUUGAAAAACCCCUUCCUAUUAAGUCCUUUUAUUGGAUGUAAAAGUCAUUUCAACUUCUGGGUGCAAUUCAGGAAGUGGGUGAUGCCUUACACAGUGUUCUUAAGGCAGCAAAGCCAAAAAUGAGCUCAUCCAUUUAUUGGAGGAGUCAGUGGCUACGAUGGAGCCCAGAGCAGCUGUGGCUGGUCCAUCCCUGGCAGUGUCCCAGGCCAGGUUGGACAGGGCUUGGAGCAGCCUGGGACAGUGGGAGGUGUCCCUGCAGGGGUGCAGUGGGAUGGGAUUUGAGGGCGCUUCCCAUCCAAGCCAUUCCAGAUUCCAUGCUCUGUGUGGUUUCACAGGAAUCACUCAUGAUGAUGCUCUGAGCAUGGAUUCAGCAUUCCCAGAUUCCUGUUCUAUAGCCAAGUGUUUUCCAUUGCCUUUACCUAUUAUUCCUCCAGUCUGUCUCCAACUGACACAUGGUGAUCCUUACACAUAAAACUGGAAUUAACACAUCAAACUCCACAGUUUGUUUAAAUGGCCUCCCUAACUCAGGUUAAUUGGCUGUGAUUAGAGCCAGGCUCAUUCCUGGCCCCACCUGAGGUGAGCAGCUUCACCUGGGAUCACUCAAGAUGGGAUUUAAGCAGGAAAGAAGCUGAGCAGCCUCUUCCAGAAGGCUGGAAAUGGUUUCUCUUCUUGCCACAGAGGUUCUUGCAGGGACAGAGGAGGCAAGAGCAGUUUAAUACUGCUGUGGGGAGGGAAAUGUGUUACCUGGAGAAUCCCUCGUGUAUUCCUACACAAGAAAGCUUCCAGAGACUGAAGGGAGCUCCAAGGCCUGGAGAACCAACUUUACACCAGCUCCAGACAGGAUUUGUUCUGGGAGACUCCUGCAGGGUCCAGCAGCACGAAUGCCUUUUAGUGCCCCUGCAGUGGCAGGACACAGAGCUGAGCAAUCAGGAGGAUUUUAAUGUAACCCAGUCAGAGGACACGCAGACAGGACUCCAGUUUUCGUACUCGGAGCAGUGGAAGCUGAGACAUUUCAAAAUUCAAGACCUUCAGAAGCUUAAAAUGGAAAAAAACAACUUGAAAGGAAAUGCAGAAGCCAUGGAUAUUUGUGACCUCAGAAAAGCAACUGAAAGGACUGAACUUGGGCUGAGAAAACACGCUGAAAAUUAUAUAAAUGUUGUAAAUGGCCAAGAGUUAACUCUUUCUUCAGCUGGUAAUAAAGAAGAAAAUUCCAAAGAGCCCCCUAAGUGGAGUCUCCCUUUUGGUGCCUGUCAGAAGCAGCUGGUUUUGCCACGAGUUGAGCCCGUGACUGUCCAGAGGUGCAGCAGAUCAGCCCCACGUGUGUCCCAGGGCUCUCAGCAGCAGGUGGAAAUUGAUUUUAAAAUUAUGCUUGACCCAGAGAACACGGAUAAUAAAGCUGGUUUAAAACAUCCCAAUGAUGAGACCAGACUGCCUCUUAUAACUAAGAAAAAAUCUGCUCCUAUGUGCAGUCAGAAGCCAGGGAAAGGUCCCACAGCCUCCAGCCCUUGGGCUUUGCCUGCCUUUCACUCCCCAGGUUUUCCCUUACCCCUGACAGAAGAAGACACCCCAAAAGCUGGAAUUGUUCAGGAGUGUCACCUUCUUGUAGGUGGCCAAAGGCUCAUCCUUCCAGCAGCAGAGAGAACUCUGCCAGCCCCUCCUGUUGUGUCCAGAGCAGCACCUUUCCCUGAAUUCCCCAGGCAGCACAAGAAAUCAGCUGUAGGAGAGAUCAGUAGCAGGCUGGACCCUGAAAACACAGACACCAUCACCUUCCCAAAGCCAAAGGAAGUAAUUAAUGGCACAUCUUCCUCUGCUAAAGGGAACAUUGCACCACUCCCAUCCAGCAAUUCCAUGGUUUCAACAAGGAAAUCAAAGCCAGAGUGGAGGUAUCCAGCUCAGCAGUUGGAAUCUGAGGUGCACAUUCCCUCUCUGACACAGCCCCCACAAACAGCUCAGCCCUUGCAGGAUCCCUGCUUGGACUGGGACAGUGCUGUUCAGCAGAAAGCUCUGGGUUUUCUGGCACUCCAAGAUCACCAUCAUUCCUCUUGGGGGAGCAUUGUGGGCUUUUUGGAACCCACAGAAAAGCUCCUCAAAGACCACACCGUGCCCUUGGCCACCAUCCACGGCCAAAAGCUGGCACAAACCGCCUCGGACUUGAAUUUUAAAGAGAAUCCCACCAAAAGUGAGGUUUUGUCAGUGAUGAAGAAUCAGUCAGCUGUGGAAAAGAUCCUGAGCCGAGCUGGCCAGAGCUGCAGAGGCCAGGGGGGCAGCGCAGGGGCUGCUGCAGAGAUCCAAAGGCGGCGGCUCGGAGCCGAGCCGGGCUCCACGCAGCAGCAGCAGCGGGCAGCAGGUGUGAUCAGCGCUUCCUGGCGCUCCUGGAAUCACCUGGCACGGGUGAGGAACGCCCUGAGGGAAGCACGCCACAGACACCUGGAGAAUUUCUACAGCAGGGCCAAGCAUCUGGCAGCCAACUGGAAUCGCAUCAGGACCUCCAGGAGGACUAUUAUCCAUAUCCCAUCAUUAGGAUAUUCCCAACACAUCCGUGAGCACAUCCCUGACCUCGCUCUCCAGCAGAACCUGCAGAUGGGGAGGCUCUGUGACAUCCUGGAUGCCAACGUGGACGUCAUCUACAUCUGCCCCCUUGCUCUGAGUGAGGAGUUAGUGCAGUAUUACCAUAAACUCCUGGGUCUGCAGGCAGCUGUUAGAUCUGGGAACCCCGAGGACAUGGCUGACCUGCAGGACAGGUUCAGAAUUCUCACCCCUGAAGCUAUAAACAGCUUCCCCGAGCAUCACAUGUGCCUGGCCACUGUGCUCAAGUACAGUCCCAGGACAAUGCAGAGGCUCCAGGUUCUGCUCCAGGGCAGGGAUGCCUACCUGGUUGGGGGAGUUCCCCACCUGGAUGAUUUGGUUGUGGCUGACGAGCUCCAGGUGCCAAUUUUGGGCUCAGAGCCAGCAGUGGCUCAGCUCUACAGCACCAAGUCUGGCAGCAAGAGAAUCUUUGCCAGUGCUGGAGUGCCAACCCCUCCUGGAGAGCAGGACAUCCACAGCAGGGAGCAGCUGCUCCGUGCUCUCAGCCAGCUCAUCCUGGACAAUUUGGAAGUGCAGCGCUGGCUCUUCAAGGUGGAUGAUGAGCGUGGAGGAAACGGCACUGCCUUCUGUGAUGUCAUUUCCCACCUGGAAUGCUACCCCUGGAUCCAGAGGGAAUGGCAGGGACACGGCCCUGAGGCGUGGAGCGAGAGCCAGGCUCGUGAGCUAGCUUUGGUGAAGAUCUCCCAGGAGCUGCCGGGCCUUUUAGCACAGCACGUACAGCCAGUCAAUGAGAAACGAUUCCCUACAUGGGAAAAAUUCCUCCAAACAUUUCUUACUCAAGGCGGAGUGAUCGAAGCCUUCCCAUUCUCGGCCAGCGUCGCCAACCUGACGGUGGAUCUGCUGAUAGAGCCAACGGGGGAGGUGACACUGCUGUCAUCUGGAGAUCAGCUCCACGCUGAGGGGCCCCUCAGAUCUUCAGGCACCACCAUCCCACAGCGUUCCGUGGAUCCAGAGGUUCUUGGAGUGCUCUGCUUGAAAAUUGGGGAGGCCUGUAAAUCCAAAGGAGUGCUGGGCUACUUCUCCGUGGACUUUGUGGCUUUCACCCAUCCCCAAACCAGGGAGCAGCAGGUGUGGGCAACAGACCUUGACCUUUGCUACAGUGACCAGCUGGCCCUGACUCGGCUCCUGUUGUACCUGACAGAUGGAAAUCUGGAUUGUGGCCUGCAAGGACCUCUGGGAUCAAAGGAGAGCAAAAGCCAACAGCUUCAGCACGAGGGGACAAAACCUCCUGCCCCAAGCAGCCCCCGGUGUGCCGUGGCCAGCAGCCAGCUGAGACAUUCCAGCCUCUCAGGGAUCUCCUACAACCUUCUCCUCCACACCUGUAAAGCUCGUGGGGUUGGAUUUGACCUCCAGGAAAAACAAGGAACAGUUUUUGUGUUGUAUGAAGACCAGAAGCGACACAGCCUGGGAAUGAUAACAAUUGGAGAGGAUCUCCAGGGGGUCCUCCUGACCUUUGCUCGCAAUCUCUUCAUCAUCCAUCAAGAAAUAUCAGCACCUAAUAUGCAAGGCGAGACCAAUUUUAAGAUGGCAAUUCGAGAUAUUGAAGCAAUUCUAGGAGUUACAGCAGAAAACAAACUGGGAUUGGAAGAAGAGAAACCUCGGGAAGCAGAUGCUCUGAAAGAAUAGUUAACAGAAAAUGUUCAAGUGCUUCAUUCCUUAUGCUUCUGGAAAUGCUUCCUCAUCUGUAAGAACAGGUUUGGUUUUCCUUCUGAGCUGGUGCGUGAAGUAACAUUAACUGAGAGAAAAUCUCCGUGAUUCCUGGCUGUGGCAGUGGGAACAUCCCACCUUUCUUGCUGAAAAGCACAGGAUCAUCCUAAGGCUGCUCAUGUCCCUGUUGUCACUCCUGAAGUUCAGCAUGUGGGUUAAAAAUCUGAUUAAUGGGCUCCUGCUGCCUUUGUCACUCGGAGCAGGAGAUCCACUGAAAAGAGCCCUGAGAGCCCAAAUUUUCCAACAGGCUGUGGGCUGAAAUACUGAACACUGAAAGGCAGGAAAGGAGGUCCAGGGUUAGACCUGGCAGAGACAGUCCAGAGGCCACCAGGAUGAGCAGAGGGAUGGAGCAGCUCUGCUGGGAGCAAAGGCUGGGAGAACUGGGAUUGUUCAUCUGGAGAG